AUGGAAACGCGCAGUACGCCUCUCGAAAAUCGACCGCGACUUCCCCACAUAGCCUUAAGCAAGCGGAAUCGGGCUGUCGUGAGAGCUCUGAACCUAAUGCUGGUGACCUAUUUGGAAGCCAGCUGGGACCUUUGCGAUACGGACUCAAUUCUUUUUGGCGCCGCGCUGGCAGUCUGCCGUAUCAUAGGCGUCAAGGUUUCUACGGCUGGACGCGCUACUGGCCAAAGUAGCGCUAUCCCAGCAUGGAGAAAAAGAAUUGAGGAGCGUAUCGCAAAGGUUAGAGCUCUCAUCGGCAGACUGAUAUGCUUCAGAUCAGACAAUAACAGGCUAAGAAUUGUGCGCACCGUCAGGAUGGCAUUUUCUGGGACAAAUGUCAGUUUGUCCCAGCUGGAUAUAAUGCAAAAACUGACGGAGCGCAUAGAUGAUCUGAAGCAGAGAAUCGCUGCUUGGGGAAAGCGGAUUCAGCGAUAUACCGAGAGGUCGACUCGGUUCAACCAGAAUCGUCUCUUCCAGAGUGAUCAGAAGAGGCUCUAUGAAUCAUUGGAACGACCAAUGGCAAGUGGAACGGGCCCAGCACUGAAUCAGGCCGACACUGUAACAUUCUCGCGCGGUCUGUGGUCAGAGCCCGUAAACCACAGCGAGGGCUCUUGGACGGAAGUUGUGGCGAGUCAGUGUGCAAGUAUAACGCACAUGGACCCCGUCAUUAUAACGCCGGAUGACGUAGCCGAGGAGGUCCGUAGGGCCCCGAACUGGAAAAGUCCGGGACUCGACGGGCUGCUUCACUACUGGCUGAAGAGGUUUGUAGUGUGUCACACUGUGCUUGCCCGACAGUUCCAAGAGGCUGUCAACCAGAAGUUGCUCCCGAGCCUCUUCACUACUGAGAUCACUCAUUUGGUUCCUAAAGACCAGGAUACCACAGACCCGAGCAAAUACCGCCCCAUUACGUGUCUACCAACCAUAUACAAGGCACUAACAUCCAUUUUGAGCGCGAGAAUCACUCGUCACCUGGACUCAAAUCAGGUGUUGUCGCGCGCUCAAAAUGGAUGA